AUAAUCUCGGCCAGACGAUCACUCCAAUUCAAAAGCUAGAUCUGCAACUGGAUUCUCUAGGUUCCCCCAGCCGUAAUUCAAUGUUCCAGAACUUUUUGGUGACCGUACGAUCCGGAAGUAGAAGUGAGGAGCCCCUCACUCAAUGCGGAAUGACGCAUGGAGCCAUUGCAGGGGUCCCUACCUUCCACCGUCGACACAGCUUUCUUUAUUCCUUCCGUCCUAUGACAACUGUGUCUGCGUACGCAACAAUCACCUUGUCAAAGAAAGUACCCCGCGCAAACGAGGUUAAAAUUCGUCUGAACCACGAAUAGUCCAAAAAGAAGUUGCCAUUGCAAGAUACCCGGCCAUGGCUCCUUUCUCGGUAGAACCCAGCGAGCUUGUGGACUUCAGCCAGACAAGUCUACUGAUCUCGGCUUGCUCUAUUGCCUUCAAUCCGCUGUUCUGGAACAUCAUCGCACGACAAGAAUACCACAACAAAAUUCUCACCAAGCUCUUCGGCGGCCGCUCCCAAACGGCCUGCUACGCUCUCGCUGUCACCAUCUUCACGUUGGGUCUCUUCCGCGACUCGCUGUACGAGCGCGCUCUGCGCCAACAGCCCUCGCACCCGCUCCUCGCCGACACUCCCGAAGUCAAGUACCUAGCCUAUGCGCUCAUUGCCUCGGGAACCACGCUCGUGGUGUCGUCCACCUGGGCGCUGGGCAUCACUGGUACCUUUCUCGGCGACUAUUUCGGUAUCCUCAUGGAUGACAUCGUCACCGGUUUUCCGUUCAGCGUCACUGAGGCGCCUAUGUACUGGGGCAGCACUUGUAGCUUUUUGGGUACCGCGCUGUUAUAUGGCAAGCCGGCGGGGUUGCUGUUGACGACUUGGGUGUGGGUCGUGUAUAAGGUGGCUUUGGCUUAUGAGAACCCAUUUACGGCGGAAAUUUACGUCAAGAGGGAGAGGGCGAGGGAGGCGGGGAAGAACGAGAGAAAGAAAAGUCGGUAGAUGGGAGGGGAGUGAGGCGGCUUGCUAUACGUGAAGUCACUGCUUGUUACGUCACUAGCUUGAUUUCUUGCGUGCCAGCUGCACCGACAUGGUGUCCGGCAUCACAAGCCAACUACUGCAUCGGACGGCCAAGCAACGCGUGGGAGGUUGACACUAGUCUCAGAGUGAGGCGGUGUGUCCAAAGACAUCUAAUGGCGAGGAGUUCGCGGGAACAUAUUCGCACCCUGUGGUUCUUUCUGAGGCAGUGGGUAUCGCUGCUGAUGAGAGUUUGUGCACGAGGCCAAGAUAGCGGGGCGUGUGUAGAUUUCACCGUGAAUCAGACCAAAAGUUACUGCAAUACUACCGACGAU